AUGAGAGCGGCGGGGCCGCAGAUGAGAGCGGCGGGGCCGCAGGUGAGAGCGGGGGGGGGCGCCAGUGAGAGCGGCGGGGCCGCAGGUGAGAGCGGCGGGGCCGCAUGUGAAAGCGGUGGGGCCGCAGGUGAGAGCGGCGGGGCCGCAGCAGAGGGCGGCGGGGCCGCAGCAGAGGGCGGCGGGGCCGGGUCUCUGAUUGCCUCGUUUAACACGCUCGCCGUUGCGACUCGCUUCCCGUUGACAGCGGAGCACCUGAUGGUGGCCGCGCAUGGCUCGCGGUACGUGCUCCGCUCAGUCCUACCCAACCGCUUUCGGCGUUCCAUUUUCCAGUAUGGGGUCGAACACACCCGUCUCGCUCACAUUCGCGGCAUCGUGUUGUCGCGGCCCCACUGCCUGUUUCUCCGCCUCUCCUGUUCGCUUCCCUCCCGUGCCUCGCCCCCCAAAUCCCCCCCCCCCGCCCCCUUUUCCCCGAUCGUUCCGCCCCGCCAUUUCCCCGCAGGUCGCCGCGCUCACGGUACCUCCGUAGCGCUCGUCAGCACGCAGGCGCUGCUCGCCCUCACGCUCGCUCUGCUGCUGCUGCGAUCCUACAUUAGUCGCCAAGCCGCGCCAAGCCAGGCAUGGUCGGCGCUCUUCCCGUGGGGCUGCGCGCUGUCCGCCUCUCAGGCGGGGGUGGCAGCGCGCCUCGUAGUGGGACGCGCGGGGGAGGUGGCCAUAGGGGAGGGCGCGGGAGGAUGGGGCGACACUGCCGCUGCAUCGGGGUCUGUUGACCCCGACGCUGCUGGCGCGGGUGCGUCGGAGCAGCGUGGUGCGGGGUCGAGCGGGGGAGAGGCGCCGGGUGAAGCAGGAGGCGCGGGGAGGCUAGUGGAGCAGCAAGGCCGCCCGUCGAUCAAGGAGGAGUCAGCGGGUGCUGCGGGCGGGGGUGAUCAACCAGCACACUCUGCAGCUGUAGGUGCUGCAGCCGUUGGGGUUACAGAUGGCGCGAGCACAGCAAUUGGGGUCCUCGAUGGCGCAAUCCCAACCGUUGAUGCUUCAAACGGCAGCAUGUCCGCUGCCAGUAACGGCAGCGAGGCCGGGGUUUCAUCAGUGGCGGCGGAGCUAGCAGAGCACGCAGCAUGCGAGGGUGCUGCGCUGACAGAGGAAGACGUGCGCGCAUGGCAGGCGGAGGAACACGUGGCGUUUGGACACGUGGAGGUGGAGGGGGGCGUGGAGGGGAAAGGGGUGGAGGGCGGGCAAGGGGGCGUGGCGGAGGCGAGGGUGAACGAGGAGGUGUGCUUCACGGUGCGAGCACUGGAUGCCAACGGGAGGGCAUUUGACAACGGAUGCAGGCAGAGGGCGUUCCUGGUGGCGUUGGUUGCGCUGCAGCGCCGCCAGGGCAGCACCGACGCCCGCACUGAUGCUCACAAGGGGGGCAGCGGCAGCGGCAGUAACAGCAGUGGGAGCAGCGCGGAUUCGUGGGUGCAGGGCAGCGCGCGCGUGACAGAGGUGCCAGUGGCUGUGAGCGCGCAGGCGAGAGCAGCUGCUGGGCGGGCGGCCGUGCUGCUGGAAGAGUGGGAGCAGGGCGCAGAGAGGGGACAGGGAGGACAGGGGGAGGACGGGGUGAAAGGGGAAAAGGGCGAAGGAGGGGAGGAGGGGGCGGGCGCGGAUGUGCGCAUGGCAGCACGGGUGACAUACCACCCUGGCAACUCGACCCACCAGGUGAACACCCACGCGUCCCUCCCACCCACGCGUCCCUCCCACCCACGCGUCCCUCCCACCCACGCGUCCCUCCCACCCACGCGUCCCUCCCACCCACGCGUCCCUCCCACCCACGUGUCCCUCCCACACACGCGUCCCUCCCACCCACGCGUCCCUCCCACCCACGCUCCCGUGCACCUCGCCCCCCAUCACUCCCGUGCACCUCGCCCCCCAUCACUUGGCCCGCACGCCACCUGCGCUUCCAUCUCGCCCGCCCCGCCUCUUCCCGCACUUUCCCUCCCAGUUUCGUCUGCCUUAACCCAUCCCCUCCCAUUCCAUCCCAUUCCCUCCCAUCCUCUCCCAUCCCCUCCCAUCGCCUCUCAUCGCCUCCCAUCCCCUCCCAUACCCUCUCCCCCUCCCCACCCCUCCCAUCCCUCCCAUCCCCCCUCCCCAUCCCCUCCCAUCCCUCCCAUCCCCUCUCCCCCCUCCCAGGUGUGCUACCAGCUGCCGCUGCCAGGCCGCUACGUCCUCUCGCUGCACCUCCUCUUCUCCGCCACCUUCCCCCUCCUGCGCUCCAAUGCGCGCACCUCCUUCCUUGGGGGGUUCUCCAACUACACGGUGGUGCAGUCGCAGGCCAUUCAAGCAUCAGCGCCGCCCACCUUCUCCCUUCACGCACACAGGUGCCUUCUUGUCACAUGCCAUGCCAUGGGGCCCUACCACCUCUCUUCACUGCUGUCCACCGCACACACUUCUGAUCAUACCGCUCGGCCGGCCCAAAACCAUUUCUCGAAGAGCCUCCUCCAACGCAUAUCCCCCAUCUCAUGCCUUCUUCGCGCGUCCCUCAACACCUCAUGCCUUCUUCGCGCGUCCCUCAACACCUCAUGCCUUCUUCGCGCGUCCCUCAACACCUCAUGCCUUCUUCCCUCUAUGCCUCUCGCUUCGCCUCCCUCUGUUUACCCUUCCACUAACUCCCUCCACAAAGUCCCUUGCUUGCCGCUCAUCCCUGUUCCCCUCACACCGCUCAUCCCCGUUCCCCUCACACCGCUCAUCCCCGUUCCCCUCACACCGCUCGUCCUCGUUCCCCUCACACCUCUCUCCCGCUCUGCACCCAUCCUUCCACAACGCUACCUCUCUCUCUUCUCCUCCUCCCUCUCCCCUAUUCCUUCCCCUUUCAGAGCCACCCUCCCUUACUGCACGCCACCGCUCCUCACCGCAUCUCACCACUCGGGCUACUGGAUGGGCCACCUCUGGCAGCCCCACGCAUGUCGCCUGCGCCGCCUCUCCCCCCCCGCCCUGCACGCGUGCUUCAAAGGCCGCUCGCUGCUCUUCCUCGGUGACUCCCAGCUGCGCUACACCUUCGGCUUCCUGCGCCUCCUCCUCCGCUUCCCCUCCCGCGCCGCCUUCCUCACCAAGUUCGCCGCCAAGCCCAAGGUGAGCCGCCAAGCCCAAGGCGACCUGUCACAGCUGCACCACAUGCAGCAGUCCGGUAUCAACAGCUUCUCACAGCAACCUGCUACCCUCCCCCUCCCCCUCUCCUUCAUCUCCAUCGAUCCGAUGCCACCUCCUCUUCAUCCAAUCACCGGUUGCUACUUACACAUCUCCACCUCCCCCUCUCCCCCAAACACUCUCAUCUCACAGAUGUUUUGGCCCAACAUGCUGGCCUGUGGCAGUGUGCCACGUGGCAACGGGUCCAUCUACCCACCAAUCAACAGCAGCACGGGCGAGCUCAUCUCAACAGGCGUGUGCCAGCAGCCCGACUCCGCCUUCUUCUUCCACGGGGAGAACUUCAACGGCUAUGGCCGCGCGCUGUACAAGGUGAGGGCAGCGGAGGGCAGGCCAGCAGCGGCCUUCAACCUCACGUACGUGUCGCAGUGCGGCGCCAUGAAGCCCGUGUUGCCCGCGUGGAUGAGCGACCCCGCCCUCGUGGGGCCAACCCUCGCUCUCUUCAAUGCACGCGGCUCGGAUGGUAGCGCCGAUGCUCCCAAUAACAGCACUGGUGGCAGCAGCAGCAGCAGCAGCAGCAACAGUAGCAGCAGUGGGGAGGGCAGCAGCAGCGGCAUCAGGGGAGGGGGGCAAGGGGAGUAUGACAUGGCGCUGGUGGGCACCACUCUGCACGACCUCAUUCAGCAACCCACCGCCAAGGCCUUCGGUGCCCUCCUGGAGUCCAACCUGCUUUCACCACUACUGGCGGUCAUGAGGGACCGCGCAGCCGUGGCACUGCUGGGCCCGUGGGCGGCGAGGGAGGACAGCAAGCCACCGGAGUUCAUCCCCGUCAGCAACAACGCGCGUGCCAUGGCGUUUGAAGAGGAGCUCCUCAGGCGGCUACCGUCCACCCAGCCUGGGGCAGCCAGUGCGCUGGGCAUGAUGGGGCUGACUCUCCCGCGCCCAGACCUGUGUCCCGACAGCACACACUACGCCUGGCCCGUCACCCUCACCAUCCUCGACCUCUGGCUCACCCCCCUCUGCGCCCCACACGCUUCACACGCUCCUCAACUCUAG